AUGCAUAGAUCCAGUAAGGGCAGAGAGGAGAGCAGCAGCUGGCCCAGGGAGCUCAGGGAGAGCACUCCUGAGCUGGGCUCAACACAGCUGGAGUUCCUCCCUGCGCACCGAUCUGCUCCCGUUCUUUGUGAUGUAACGGAGCAGAAUCCUUCACGGUGGCGCAAGCGAGACACACGCGCACAGACACACACCUGGAGUCGCAUGUUUGAAGUGAAGAAUGAAAGACUGAAUGGAGAGGAGACGCUGAACCUCAGAGACCAACCAGACACCAAGCCCAGGCAGAAGAAGAUGUCCAAAGUGUGCGUCGGGGGCCAGGCCCAAGGGGAGGUCCUGGAGUUCGGGGGUGUCUCCAGCCAGUGGGGGCGGUUCCCCGUGUGGAACGCCUGCUGCGAGAGCGUGCUGAGCUUCAGCCUGCGGACUCACAGCCAGGAGGGCCUGCUGCUCUACCUGGACGACGAGGGCUUCUGCGACUUCCUGGAGCUGCUGCUUCUCCACGGACACCUCCGCCUGCGCUUCUCCAUCUUCUGCGCCGAGCCGGCCGAGCUGCAGUCGGGGGUGGCGGUGAGCGACGGGCGGUGGCACGCCGUGCGCGUCAAGAGGGACUGGAAGAACACCUCGUUGGAAGUGGACGGGCGGCUGGAGGGCUGGGCCGAAGUGAAGAGCAAGAGAAGAGACAUGACGGUGUUCAGUGGCACCUACAUGGGCGGGGUGACGCCAGACCUCCACUCCUCGCCGCUGCGCCUCACCUCCCCCUCGGUGCGGGAACACCCCGCCUUCCGUGGCUGGAUCACGGCGGUGAGCAUCAACGGCUCGCUGGUGACACUGGACAGCUCGGAGGGCGUCACAGUAACCGCUGGCUGCGGGCCAGACCACCAGUGCCAGAACGGAGGGGUGUGCAGCGUGGUCAAUGACCAGGCCGUCUGCGACUGCUCCGACACCGGUUACCAAGGCAAUGACUGCAGCGAAGGAUCGAGCCUAGGAGAAGUCUGGCACACCUGA